UUACUGGUGACCGAAACAGCUGAUAUGUGACAUGCUUCCUUAGAUAUGCUUCCUCUUAUACCCUGUGGUAUCCAAACAACUCAGAAAACAAGCGUGGCGUGGUAAAUAAAAGCGCAAAAACUAAUUGUUUUUGUUGAAAAUAGUAUGCACACGCAUAAUCACUUCAAGACACCGUCGGAUGCGGAAGAAGUUGACGAUUUGGACGACGAGAUGGUAAUGGGCGUGAUAGCAGAGAUUGAACAGGAAGUUCUCUUUGAAUCGGACAGUGACGACGACGGCUUCGGAGCGGAACAAUUGGGUGCUCCUCCGCCAGAUGAUGAUAAUGACCAAAUUAGCAGCAGCGAUGACAGCUUCGAUCCAAAUGCAGAGGAUUCCGAUUCCGAUGAUUCCAUGCAACACGAGGAACAGGCCCAGGCGACAAGCGCCAAGCGUCGCAAGGAUGACGAUGGUCCGUCGGGCAGCAACCGGGACGUAGAAACCAAUUUUGAUUUGGAUCUGGAGGACGAAACAGACGAGACAGUGCGUGCCAUAAUUGCAGCUAUCAAGAAACCCCGCAGUGCUCCACCAGAGAUCAAGCUGGAGGACUUUGUUACAGAUAUUUCCUUCCAUCCAGAGCGCAAUAUCAUUGCCCUGGCCACUAUUAUUGGUGAUGUGCAUCUGUACGAGUACGCCAAUGAAGGCAACAAACUGAUCCGCACCAUUGAAGUGCAUUCAAAGGCCUGUCGGGAUGUGGAGUUUACAGAAGACGGACGAAAUCUGCUUACCUGUUCCAAGGACAAGUGUGUAAUGGUAACCGACAUGGAGACGGAGAAACUGAAGAAGCUUUAUGAGACGGCUCACGAUGAUGCCAUUAACACAUUGCAUGUCCUAAAUGAGAACCUCUUUGCCACGGGAGAUGAUGCGGGCACAGUGAAGCUCUGGGAUCUGCGCACCAAGCAGCAUGUGUUUGAGCUGAAGCAGAUAGAUGAUCAAGUGACCCAGUUGCUAUCCAAUGAACAGAAUACGCUGCUUCUGGCCACCAGCGCGGACGGAUACCUCACCACCUUCAAUAUCCCCGGCCGCAAGUUGUACGUACAGUCGGAGCCCUACGAAGAGGAGCUCAACUGCAUGGGUAUCUAUCGCGGCGACUCUAAGCUUGUUGUGGGCACUUCCAAGGGAAAACUGUACAGCUACAAUUGGGGCUCCUUCGGGUACCACUGUGACAUGUAUCCUGGUAUUAAGAGUCCCAUUAGCCUGAUGAUUCCAAUCACCGAUAGAAUCGCCUGUGUGGCUGGAGAGGAUGGCAAUAUACGCGCCUGCCACAUCACGCCGUACCGAAAUCUGGGUGUAGUGGGGCAGCACAACAUGCCCAUCGAGGCAUUGGAUGUUAAUAGCACCGGUGAGCUUUUGGCAUCGUCUUCACACAACAACGACGUUCGCUUCUGGAACGUAAAGUAUUUCGAAGACUUUGGGGACAUCAAGUACAACGAGAAACACAAUGCCUAUAAGGAACAACGGCAUAACUUGCCCUCCUCGAAGUGCACCAACACGGGGGAUUUCUUCGCCGACCUGGCAAAGCAGGAGGAUGAUGAGGAUGACGACGCUACAUAGGAUAUAUGGCCUUAUAUCUACAUUCACGGGGGUUUGUCUAUUGGCAUGAUUGGGAUUCCUUAACCAACUCUAUGAUUUGUUAGCCAGUUUCAAAUAUGUGGAUCAGGUUGGAGAGAAUGUUUAUAGAGUGUUGCCUUUUAAAUUUUUUUGUAUUUAAAAUAAAAAAUAGUUUAAAGACACAAGCACAUCCUAAAUAAUAAACCCAAAGUCCUCAGCAACAAUAUCUUUUAAACAUUAGAACCAAUAGACCACCCUUGCCUUCAAAAUAGGGGGUGUUGAGUUAACAAAACCACUAAAAUAAAACGUAGCUAUAGAUUUUUAAAGUUUUACACGGAAGCUGAAACACAAAGUUGCAUAUUCAUAUUUCGCAAUAAACUGUUACUGAUAAACAAACUCACGAAAUAGAACUGAUUAUUUACUUACCAAUAAAAGAAUUAUACAUACAGGAUAAAAA